AGCUCAGUAGUGCUCGAACAAUAGUCCUGUCCUCUUAGGGAUAUAUUUUUAUUAAGUGUAGUGAAAUAUCGAACUGUCAUAAUCCAGCAAAAUGCCUUUCAAUGUUAUGAUCCAGUUAUGUAACAUCACGAGACAAAGUAAACUUUUCCAGAGGAACUUUUACUUGCCACUGCUCAAGCCUUUGUCGCCCAAGGAUGCCCUUCGGAUACACGUUAUCACAGGCAAAGAUGUAUUGUCGAAGGCUCUUGAGCACUGGAUCCCCGUCCUGGAGGAGUAUUCGGCCAGGGUGGCUAGGAAAAGACAUAUGCCUAAGGGGAAAGGAAAAAAACGACUUCGAAAGAAGGAAUCCAUGAAGUAUUUGAUGCCGUUCUUCGAUAGCGGCAUGGACAACCAUGCGAAACUUGAAAACGUUUGUAACAGGAAGUCCAAGGGCCGCGGACAAUGUUACACGUAUUACAUCCCGGAGAAGAAGUGCACCCUGGUGUUCACCCACCAGAUGGAACGCGCCAUUAGGGACAAGGAUAUCAUCGAUGUAAUUAUCGCACAGAGACACGAGAAGAUUUUGGUUAAGAUGCGGGAUGGUACCAAAGUUGUCAUGCCACUGAGUCCUUACAACGGUAAAGGACCUCUUUACAGAGGCGAAGGUUGGACCCGCAAAGACAUCGAGGAGUACCAUCAUCAUGGUAGAGAAACCUUCUCUAUUGCCCAACUUUUCGAAGCGAAAGAAGCAGGCAUAGAAGAAUGGGAGCUGGAAAUGAUGAGGAUGGCUAACAAGCGCAAGAAAAAGAUGAAAGGCGAGGAUACCCGCGAUUGGAAAGAGAUGCUCGCGGCAACAGCUUCGAACAUGGACUGGGACGCGUUCGAAGAAGAAACCAAGCAGAUCGUCGAACAAGCUAAUGAGCCCGUCAAUGAUGAGCCAAUUGCCAUGCAACUGGAUAAUAUUGAUAAAACUUGCGACGUUAUAGAUAAAUUGAAAGCGGCAGGCGAAGAAGUUCUGUCCUUACUACCAACUAUGCCAGAAAUCCCUGAAAUCCUUAAGGUCAUCAAAGAUCAAAGUGAGUUAACAGAAAUAGCAAAUAUAUCUGGGGCACGUGUCAAUUUGAAGGCAUCAGCGGAACGUCCCGGGGAACGGUUCGUUCCCGGCCAAAUGGUGACGUCAGAGGAGGGAGACCUAUUCGUGCCAGGACAAACGAUCCUUAACGAAUCCGGUGUCAAGGAGUACACGCCCGGGUUCACGGUAUUAUUAGACAACGAGCCCACCCUAAUUCCCGGUUUGGUAAUGGGCAAUGACCCGGAUAAAUCCAUGUUCCUGCCAGGCGAGUCGACUAUCACCGAGUCGGGUGAAUUACAGUUCGCGGCGACCGACGAGGACAUAUUGCCGCACGUCGACACCCCGCCCCCCGAAAAGGAGGUGGAAGAAAUCGAGCUGGAAGAGGAGCAAAACAGCGAAGACGAGGAGAUCGAACAGAGACCGCCCCCCAAACCAAAAAGGAAGGAGCUCACUUACGAGCGACCCAAGCGCGAGUUUAAGACGGAAAACAUGGGUCCUAAACGUCGCGUCCGCGGUCCUAAAAAAGUAGCGGAACCAGCCCCUGCACCGGCACCACCAACCCUAGAGAGGCGCCCGACCAUUAUCAUCGAGGCGAAACUGUUCAAUCUACAAACCCCCACGUUUGAGAAGGAUAUUUUGGAGCAACAGAAGGAACGCGUCGAGGCGUUUAAAGAGAAAACUGGCAAAGAAGAAGCCAGGCUGAACAAAUAUCGGCUGGAAUUGAGAAUGAAAGCGAAGAAGAUGAGAGAAUCACUGCCACCCCCGCCCAUAUACGAGCCCCUGGAGCCGGUAAGAAAGAGUGAAAAAUUACGCGAACUUGAGAAGAGCAUCAAAAAGGGUCGAUUCUUUGAAGCCGACCAUAAGAAAUACAUAACCAACGAGUACACCGAGAAAUUCCAUUGGAUAGAUACGUACCAAUAUAAAAAAGUGUUCGACACGGUGGGGAUCAUGCGUCAUCGUGUAUGGAAACCGGUAUAUUCGCAUUAGAAGUGUUACUAAAUUCGGACAGUCGAUCAGGUGACGACGAGUCGGGCAACGAGUCAAGAUUCUUCGGAUUCCACCUGUGCAUAGAACUAAUAAAAAUUAGUUCACUGUCGCCGCUGCUCGACUCGCCGAUCCGAUCUUAGCUUUUAUAUAA